GACAGCGAUCAAGAUGGCGUCAUAGGUAGUCCAGAAAAGUGAUGAGGACGAUCCGCAACGACACCAUUCCACAAUAGUGGGGGUUCCUUCGCUAUUUCUUUUGGUUUUCUAACCGGACGGGAACUACUUUGAACAUAAAGCAAGUCGUCUAAAUCGAGCAAUGAGUGCCCGACGCACUUCUGCAUAGUUUAAUCCGCCAGCCUUACAGCUAACUCCCACUAGCUGCUAAAGUAGCUAGCGGAGCUCCGAGGGGGACGAGCAUAGAGACACGGAGAGCAGAGAGAAAGGGCCGAGGAGAGCAGAGAGACAGGGCCGAGGAGAGCAGAGAGACAGGGCCGAGGAGAGCUGAGAGACAGGGCCGAGGAGAGCAGAGAGACAGGGCCGAGGAGAGCAGAAAGACAGGGACGAGGAGAGCAGAGAGACGCGGCCGAGGAGAGCAGAGAGACAGGGCCGGGGAGAGAGAGACGGCCGAGGAGGCACCGCGGACCAGCAGCACCUAGCUCCCGGUAAGGAGCCCUAAGCCCCCCGGUGAGGACCGCUGAGCCCCCCGGUCCGACGCCAUGGCUCACUGCCCGGUGCAGGGCAGGCUGCCCGGGGUACAGAACUUCACAGCCGACCCAGAGGAGCUGUUCACCAAGCUGGACAGGAUAGGCAAAGGCUCCUUUGGAGAAGUGUUUAAAGGCAUCGACAAUCGCACCCAGAAGGUGGUGGCCAUCAAAACCAUCGACCUGGAGGAAGCGGAAGACGAGAUAGAAGACAUUCAACAGGAAAUAACGGUGCUCAGCCAAUGUGACAGCCCCUUCGUCACCAAGUAUUACGGAUCCUACCUCAAGGGUACAAAACUAUGGAUCAUUAUGGAAUAUCUGGGAGGAGGGUCUGCCUUGGAUCUGCUGGAGCCGGGGGCCCUGGACGAGACGCAGAUAGCCACCAUCCUGAGGGAGAUCCUGAAGGGCCUGGAGUACCUCCACUCCGAGAAGAAGAUCCAUCGGGACAUUAAGGCGGCCAACGUGCUGCUCUCGGAGCAGGGCGACGUGAAGCUGGCGGACUUCGGCGUGGCGGGGCAGUUGACGGACACGCAGAUCAAGAGGAACACCUUUGUGGGAACGCCGUUCUGGAUGGCGCCCGAGGUCAUAAAGCAGUCGGCCUACGACUCAAAGGCAGACAUCUGGUCCCUGGGCAUCACAGCCAUAGAGCUGGCCAAGGGGGAACCGCCCCACUCUGAGAUGCACCCCAUGAAGGUCCUGUUCCUCAUCCCCAAGAACAACCCCCCCACCCUGGAGGGCAACUACAGCAAACCCCUGAAGGAGUUCAUCGAGGCCUGCCUGAACAAGGAGCCCAGCUUUAGGCCCACCGCCAAAGAGUUGUUGAAGCACAAGUUGAUCGUGAGACACGCCAAGAAGACCUCCUACCUGGCGGAGCUGACCGACAAGUACAAGCGCUGGAAGGCGGAGCAGUCCCACCAGGACUCCAGCUCGGACGAGGAGGACUCCGAGCGAGACGACCAGGCGUCCGGCAGCCGCGACCCCGGGAGCGACGACUGGGUCUUCGGCACCAUCAAGCCCAACAAGCAGAACCCCCACAAGGUCCCCAACGGAGCGGCCGCCGUCCCCGUGGAGGACCCGGACGCCGUGGAGGCCGAACCGGAGCAGGAGCAGGAGCCGGAGAUUCCGAGCAGGCCUUUGUCUCAGAGCCUGGCCUCCAUCUUCUCUCCGCUGUUCUCUGAGCUGACGGGGAACGGUAAACCCGGGGCAGCGGAGGAGCUCCAAGGGGCCAUCUUCUCCGCCGAGGAGUCGUACCCGGGGAUCUGUGACUCUCUGGUGUCCGAGCUGCUGCAGAGACUUCAAAGGUAUUCCCGGCCGAGGUCUGGCUCCUCCCAGUAGGCGGGGCCCUCUUGUGGCCACGCCCUCCUCCGUCUCCCUGGACACCGCUGGGGGGGGGGGGAGCUUCCAAGGACAGGCGCCCGGAAGCAAAUCAUGGGACGAGCGGAUGCGUUUCCAUGGGAACCCCUCCCCCUCCCCCUCCCCCUCCCCGCAGCGCCGACCCCCACCAGGUGGAGCUCCUCCUCCUCCGACCGGGGGCUUCUGAUUAUGACGCACUGCGGACGCUACGGAGGAUGUGGGCGGGGCUUCUGCACAACGUCUUUACCCUCGACCCCCCCCCCCCCCCCCCCACGGAGGAACUCAUCAGACGGACGUGUGUGUGUUGGCGUCGUGUGUGUGUGUUGGCGUGUCGGUGCGCGUGUUGGCGUGUGCCUGUCGGUGUGCGUGGCAUGUGACGAGGCGUGUCGGUGUGUGUGUCGUUGUGUGUAUGUGUGUGUGUGUGUGCAGUGGAGAGGGACGAUUGAAGUGUUGUAUUUAAAUCUCAGGUAUCAUGCUUAGAGUGGAUGAGGUGGUCUGGGAGAUGAACAGCUAUAUUGGGGGGGGCUGUACAGAUGUGUAAAUAAGUUCAUUUUUAUAAAUAUAGAUAUAUAUCUAUAUAUAUAUAUAUAUAUAUAUGUGUACUGAGAAAAGAUUGAGUGAGUAUAUAAAGAAAUCACUGUGUUUAUAAAUGGCCAAAAUGCAAGCUGUAGAUUGGUUGGUUUCAAGGCGAGCGUUUCGAGACGGCUUCACUUCAGAGGCCGUUCUUUCGGUGCCCUCGUCUCCAUUCCCUUUCUUUUGUAUAUCUGCUUUUGAUUUGACUUAAUGUGAAGCUCUCCAGCCGCUCUGUUGAACGGGCGUGGCCGCCCCCCGCCCCGUUGGCUGUGUUAACGUCCCGUUGGCCGUGGCCGCCCCCCGCCCCGAUGGCUGUGUUAACGUCCCGUUGGCCGUUUGGUUCCUCACUCUUAUGCUGUGGCUGGGCCUUUACCAUCAAGAUGAAGAAUGUAUACAGAAGGCUGGACCCAUGAAAACACUGGAUAGCGUGCUCCAGGCCUUUGGCUUCAAGGAUGACUUGAGCUAUGCUGGACUCUAGGCUGCUAAAUUUGACCUUUUAUUUCCUUGACCCUCUUCAGUGGCGUGCGUUUCACAGAUUGGAUCCCAGAGGUCUCUUGGCUCAUUCAUUCCACUGCACCCGCUGAGCUAAGUCGACGGACUCUCGUCUUCCCCUCACGUUGCAGAGGUGCUGUCGCCUCCCUCAGCCCGCCCUCCGCUUGAAUUGCACUUAACAUUACAGACUAUAAAUGCCUUUUUUACGAUACGCAAAGUAGCCAUACAUCGGUAGCAUGAGGCAUCCCGUGUCGCUCUACCUAGGAGUCGGUCCCUCCGGAGGCUGCUCCGGCUGCGGAGCUGGUUCUGCAGUUUGGCACUUUAUCUGCGUGAGGCGGGGCUUUGGGCGGGGCCUCGCGGUCCCUUCAGCGGGGGUCCUCUUGGAGACGCGUGCGCUGUAGUGAGGGUCCACUGCUGCUCUUAUAAUGACGCGCUAGUGAACGUGUGACUGCGAACGUGUGACGCCGCGGUAUGCGUUGUAGCAUACGAGACUGAAGAUCACCCGAGUCCUGAACACUGGCUUAGAUUCUUUAGUUAAUGACGGCUGAAGUAUUGGUUGAUAGAUGGGUUUAAGUAUUAGCCGCUUUUGAAUUGAGUAAACUUUUUUUUUCUUCUCAUGUGUUAUGAUGAUGCAGCUUUCUUUAUGCUUUCGUGCCGAUUAGGGGAGAUUAGAUUAUCUAAGUUUCUGCGUCUUGCUUAGUGUUGUUUUAGGUGGUGAUUGGGUUUUCUUUGUCGACAUUAUUGGUAAACGAAAUGUCAACCUGCUAAAUUCCUGUGUCCGAAAACAUUUGACCUUUCUGUCCUGUGCUGUUCACUAACGACAUUACACAAUUGAAUUGGAGGGAAAUGAGUAACCAGAUCAAACAAGUUAAACGAGGCAGAAGUAUAUGGUGCUGCAGAACGGGAGCAGUGAGGACGUGGUGUGAGGAUCAUUGAUUGCUAUUGGUCACAUUCAGUCAGUUGUUGCCUUUCGGCAAGUUCCUCGUCAUAAUUGUUGUCGAAAUAUACAGUCAUAUUUCGACAACACUUGUCAUGAGAUGAUUUACGUGCCAUGGCUUCACAGCCAAGUAUCUCAAACAUAAUUUGCUCCUGUUCAUAGUUGUGGUUUUGCACUUUGUAUUUUCUUCUGGAUAUAAACAAGAACUUUAACUCGGCCGUAUUUGAAUACUCCGGUUUUGUUAGUUGAGCUCAGUAGUGGCAAAUAUAAUUUAACAUUUCAUGAUCCAAAAAAUCUAUUAAAGAUUAACAUGUUUUUUUGAUGUCGCAAUAAUUGUGGGGUACCCAUCUCUAAAAUAUGUAUGAGUUUGUAACAUUGCAGUCAGUUUUUGGAGCAGUGUUAACUUGUUUUUCGUCAUCAAGGUGUUCAGAGUUUUGAAAUGAUUGAGGAUCAAUAAAGUUCUAAUACAAA